AUGAGGCAUAUUCUGACCUUCUAUUUCGAGCUGACGGAGGACUACUUCAGAAGGUUUAUUGAUGCUGACUUCAACACCUUGACGGGGUACCGCAUUCAAGCCCCUUACGGAUCAAGUGCACCUGUCGUGGUUUCAAAUCGGAGUGCUGUGAUUCCGUUUCCUGGAGCAAUUGCGGGAGAUUAUUCAAACGUGAACUCGUAUUUCAAUAACAGUUUCGCAAUCAUUGAAUUGCCCGCGGAGAAGGCCUUGGUUCCAGGGAAAGGCGUUGGGUUCAUCCGCGUCUCAAUCGAUGUGGACGGUUCAAUUCUUGCAGCCAACACCAGACAAAUUUCACUUUUUGCCUAUCGAAGCGAUGCCGAUACCAUGCGAAAAGUGAAAGAAGCAACUGCCAGCGGAACGCAGUGUCUUCCAACGUCGCUGUAUCUUAUUGCCGGGGGCAAGUUGGACACCACGUCUGCUGCUUGCAUCUCCAUGACCAAGCAAGCAGCGUUGUGCGAAACG